AUGGAGACAGACGGUGCAUCCCAAGGUGAACAACUGCUAGACGCAGCAAGAAGAAAUAACAUUGAUUUACUGGAUACAGUAUUUGAGGAAUUGAAUGAGGACCCUGCUAAGAUUGCAGAUGUCGUUAAUCACAGUAAAGAUCCAUUUGGUAACACUGCAUUACAUCUUUGUUGCAGAUAUGGGUCCUGGGAUGUCCUCGAUAAAAUUUUGGAUCAAGAAGGUGGAAUUGAAGUUGAUCCUCACAAUACAAUUGAUGGCGACACACCUUUACAUGCAGCUGUUAAGUAUGCACAGGAUGAACCUGAGCAUGGUCUUUUCAUCGUUCAGAAUCUGAUUGAGGUUGGGGCUGAUCCAAGAGCAAAAAAUAAUAACAACGAAAAACCAAUUGAUUUAAUACAUAGCAGUGAAUUAGAUGAUUUAGUAGAUCUUUUACAAGGGGCAGAAUUAGUGGCCGAUAAUGCUGGUGAAUCGACGAAAGAAGAAGAAGAGGAGAUUAUUGACAAUGAGGACGAUGAAGACGACGACGAGGACGACGAUGAUAAUUCAGAUGACGCAGAUAUUAAUGCUCCAAAGGAUAACUAA